AUGGAGCUGGAGUCUGCGCUCGCCGAUGUCCAGUCCAGCAUGGCGGCGUCCUAUGUGGAGGUGGGCAAGGCCGAGGAGCUGCUCGUCAAGCUCCAGGCGGCAGACCUCGGCGAUCCCCUCAAGGCCGCCUCGGCCAGCCUCGACGUCGCGGUCGUCGAGCCCCAGGCGGGCAGGGAUGCAGUCGCGGUUCUUCACGGCUCCAGGCAGCAGCUGACCAGGCCAAGGGGUGUCAACGUCCCCGUCGACAGCGACGACAUCGACGUGGGCGCGCUGCAGGGUGACGGCCUGGCGCGGCGCCAGGCCGAUUUCGUCAGGGCGCUCGGCGAUCUGCGGAAG